ACCACAAAGGACUUUACUAAACUAGCUUCCACUUAGUACACUGAAAUUCAAAGUCAUGCUCAUAACUGUUAAUGAAAGCAGAUUCAAAGCAACACCACCACCACUGAAAUAUUUUUAGUUAUAUAAGAUUGGAACUACCAAGCAUGUGGCUCAUGGUCAGUGUAAUUCUAAUCUCACGGAUAUCCUCUGUUGGGGGAGAAGCAACAUUCUGUGAUUUUCCAAAAAUAAACCAUGGAAUUCUAUAUGAUGAAGAAAAAUAUAAGCCAUUUUCCCAGGUUCCUACAGGGGAAGUUUUCUAUUACUCCUGUGAAUAUAAUUUUGUGUCUCCUUCAAAAUCCUUUUGGACUCGCAUAAUAUGCACAGAAAAAGGAUGGUCACCAGCACCAAAGUGUCUCAGACUGUGUUUCUUUCCUUUUGUGGAAAAUGGUCAUUCUGAAUCUUCAGGACAAACACAUCUGGAAGGUGAUACUGUACAAAUUAUUUGCAACACAGGAUACAGACUUCAAAACAACGAGAAAAACAUUUCAUGUGUAGAACGGGGCUGGUCCACUCCUCCCAAAUGCAGGUCCACUAUUUCUGCAGAAAAAUGUGGGCCCCCUCCACCUAUUGACAAUGGAGACAUUACUUCAUUCCCAUUGUCAGUAUAUGCUCAAGAUUCAUCAGUUGACUACCAAUGCCAGAACUUGUAUCAACUUGAGGGUAACAAGCGAAUAACAUGUAGAAAUGGACAAUGGUCAGAACCACCAAAAUGCUUACAUCCAUGUGUAAUAUCACAAGAAAUUAUGGAAAAAUACAGCAUAACAUUAAAGUGGACAAACCAACAAAAGCUUUAUGCAAGAACAGGUGACAUAGUUGAAUUUGUUUGUAAAUCUGGAUAUCAUCCAACAAAAUCUCAUUCAUUUCGAGCAAUGUGUCAGAAUGGGAAACUGGUAUAUCCCAGUUGUGAAGAAAAAUAGAAUCAAUGGCAUUACUGUUAGUAAAAUGAACAACUUUUUCUGAAUUUACUAUUAAAUUUGUUUUCAAUUUCAUUUUUCAAGUACUGUUUUACUCAUUUUUAUUCAUAAAUAAAGUUUUGUAUUGAUUUGU